UCAAAUCAGGAUCUGCUGAAAAACAUAGAUGGUCACAAAAAGGCAUUCCAUGAGAUCCACGGGGCCAGGUCUGUUAACGGAGUGCCUGUUCCACCUGACCAAUUAGAGGAUAUGGCAGAGAGGUUUAAUUUUGUUGUCUCUUCAUCUGAGCUCCAUCUGUUGAAGAUGGAGUUUCUGGAACUGAAGUACCGUCUACUGUCACUCUUAGUCCUUGCCGAAUCAAAGUUAAAAUCAUGGAUUAUCAAAUAUGGAAGGCGAGAGUCGGUGGAACUACUUCUUCAAAAUUAUAUUUCUGUUAUUGAAAACAGUAAGUUUUUUGAGCAGUAUGAAGUUACUUACCAGAUCUUGAAAAGAGCAGCUGAAAUGUAUGCCAAAGCAAAUGGCUCAGUGGAAGAAGUUGAGAAUGUGAUGAAAUUUAUGAAUGAAACAACAGCACAGUGGAGGAACCUCUCAGUAGAGGUGAGAAGUGUAAGAAGCAUGUUGGAAGAAGUAAUUGCUAAUUGGGACAGAUAUAGCAGCACUGUGGCAGGUCUACAAGCUUGGCUGGAAGAUGCGGAAAAGAUGCUGAAUCAACCUGAACAUUCCAAAAAGGAUUUCUUCAGGCACUUACCUCAUUGGAUCCAGCAGCACACAGCCAUGAAUGAUGCUGGUAAUUUUCUGAUUGAAACAUGUGAUGAGACCAUUUCCAGAGACCUUAAACAGCAGCUUUUGCUACUAAAUGGAAGAUGGAGAGAAUUGUUUAUGCAAGUUAAGCAGUAUGCUCGAGCAGAUGAACUGGACAAAAUAAGGAAGGAAUACUUGGAUGGUGUUGGCCAUUUGACAACUUUUAUUGAUGGAAGCAAUAGGAAAUUUUCAGUCCCUAUAGAAGUGUCCUUCCUUGAUGUCAAAAUGCUUGUACAAGAUUUAGAAAAUAUUAAGCAGAAAUUGCCUGCAAUGGAAGCUCAGUACAAAAUGGUAGCAAGAACAGUGCAACUUGUUACAAAAGAAGUUCCCCAAGAGGAAGUGAAUGAAAUGCUGGGAACUUUGUCAAGGAUCAAAGAGCAGCUGGGCAAGGUUAAGGAGUAUUCCUGUGCCAUGCUGUAUGAAUGCCAGCAUCUGCUGUCUCCACUGGAAGAACUGGAGAAACAAAUCACACAUUUUUAUGAAUCUCUUGAAAAAGUCAAUGAAAUAAUUUCUAUCCUGGAUCCUGAAGCACAACCUACAACUGUUCUUAAACAAAAAGCCCAAGAUUUGGUAGCUUAUCAAGAAAACUGCAAGAAAGAUUUGUCCCUGAUUGAGAGAAACAGUCAGAGUAUCCUGCAGUGUGUGGCUUCAAGAGAAAUGUUGCAGCAUUUCCAUCAGUCAACAUUUCAGAAGAAAGUUACACAAGUUCAGAUUACUUUUCAGAAUAUGGUCAGGAAAGCUGGUGACUGGAGGAAAAACAUAGAAGCAAAUAGCCGUUUGAUGAAGAAAUUUGAGGAGUCUAGAGCAGAACUGGAGAAAGUAAUACAGAUUGCCAAUUGUUGUUUAAAAGAAAAAGGAAAUCCUGAAGAACUUCUCAGGAAACAUAGCGAAUUCUUUAACCAGUUGGAUCAGAGAGUCCUAAAUGCCUUUCUGAAAGCAUGUGAUGAACUUACUGACAUCCUCCCAGAACAAGAGCAACACAACCUGCAGGAAGCUGUGAGAAAACUCCAUAGGCAGUGGAAGGAUCUUCAAACAGAAGCCCCGUAUCAUUUGAUCCACUUGAAGAUUGAAGUACAGAAAAGCAAGUUCCUGGUCACAGUGGAGGAGUGCAAAGCUGAACUAGCUCGACAGAACAAGGUGUUAUCACGAGAAGGCAAUGAAAGGAUGAUCGAGGAACACAUGUUGUUCUUCGGUGACAAGGGACCUUACCAGCUUUGUGAGAAAAGGCUACAACGGAUUGAAGAACUAUGCCAAAAACUGCCGGUUUCUGAUCCAGUGAGGGCUACAUUGGAAAGCAGCCAACGAAUCCUGAAGGAGCUCAAAUCUCAGAUAGACAGCACAUACGUAAAAUUAACAGAGCACUCGGACAACUGGAAGGGCUAUAACAACAGAUUUUCUGAAUUGGCAAAUUGGGUUUCAUCAACAGAAAGAGAGCUAAAGAAGAUAAAGGAAAGUGUCAAUGAUACUGCCAAAUACAAGCAAUUUAAAGCAUCUGUGGGGCAAGAGAUCCCAGCUGUUGGGCUUCCCUACCUUCCAGCUGUUGACUGUCGUCUGCGUUAUCCCAGCAUUGGAGCAUCCAGGCAGCAAUACGCUCACCUGGCUGGUGGCUGUAAUCUUUCCGCAUAUCUUGAAGUUCUG